UUUAAGGAGAAAAUAGGCUUCGCUGUUUACUUUAGAUUAAAAAUAACCUAAUAUUCCUUAUCAUUUCUAUCCAUUCCCCUUCAACUUAACACAAACUAUUAAUCAGAGCGAAUCGUUUCAGAGAAAGAGCUAAAAAUCAAAUCUAGUAUCUGCAAUUUUAUGAAGAUCACAAGAAGGGAUCUCGUUCCGGACGGCCCCGGUAGCGUUAAGAUCACGCCAGUCGAUUCAGAUGAUCUCUGGUUCGCUUAUAAUUUGAUAUCUUCUGGAGAUACGGUUAUGGCGGAUACUGUCAGGAAAGUUUUAAGAGAGGCGGCGUCCGGUGGGAGAGAUGCAGAAAGAGUGAAGCUGAAGUUGGAAAUAAAAGUAGAGGCUAUAGAUUAUGAUAAAGUAGGGUCUGCCUUGCGAAUUCGUGGAAAGAAUAUUUUGGAGAAUGAAUAUGUAAAGAUUGGAGCAUUUCAUACUUUAGAGUUAGAGCUGCAUCGACCUUUUGUCUUGAGGAAGGAAAUUUGGGACUCAUUGGCAUUAGAUGUACUCAAUCGAGCCUCUGAUCCUGGUGCAAGUGCUGAUCUUGCCGUGGUUUUAAUGCAAGAAGGACUAGCACACAUCUUCCUUGUUGGUAAAAGCAUGACAACUACUCGGUCAAGGAUAGAGACUUCAAUUCCUCGAAAGCAUGGGCCUGCCAUUGCUGGUUAUGAGUCGGCAUUGAAUAAGUUCUUUGAGCAUGUUUUACAGGCUUUCCUAAAACAUAUUGAUUUCAAUGUUAUUCGGUGUGCUGUGAUUGCAAGCCCUGGUUUCACUAAGGAUCAGUUUCAUCGUCACUUAUUGUUGGAGGCAGAGAGGAGACAGCUGAGACCCAUUAUUGAGAACAAGUCGCGCAUAGUUCUUGUGCAUACAAGCUCAGGAUAUAGGCAUAGCUUGAGAGAGGUUCUUGAUGCCUCAAAUGUUAUGAACAUGAUUAAAGACACUAAGGCAGCUCAAGAGGUUCGAGCACUUCAGGAUUUCUUUAACAUGCUUUCAAAUGAUCCAGCUCGUGCAUGCUAUGGACCAAAGCAUGUAGAGGUUGCCCAUGAACGCAUGGCUGUCCAAACUCUUCUUAUCACAGAUGAUCUAUUCAGAAAUGCUGAUAUACCUACGAGGAAGAAGUACGUCAAUCUAGUCAGCUCAGUGAAGGAUUCAGGGGGCACUGUUCAUAUAUUUUCAUCAAUGCAUGUCUCAGGAGAGCAAUUGGCACAAUUGACUGGCAUUGCCGCCAUCCUUCGAUUUCCACUACCAGAUCUAGAAGACAUUGAGAUGUAAUGUACAGAGCUUGCUUUGGUGCGACUGGGACGAGAAUGGGGUGUGGAAGAGCAUUGGUCGGUAUACUAAUCCUUCCUGUCCAGCAUCAGCAUGUUGUACAAUAUUCAACGUUAUUUAGAGAUGUAUUAAUAUUAUACACAGUGCAAAAGUAUAUUGCCAAAAUGAAUUUUAUGGGUAGAUUGGUUUAGUAAUAAACUGUAAAAUUUUAUGAAUUUUACGUAAAAAGGCAGGUUUUUACAGGUAUGAGAGUUCGGUUUUUGUUCCGGUUUGAAAAA